AUGCCUCUGGAUAAAGAGGAGUCUUUACAGGAUAGCCAGUCAACAGCAGACGACAUCUCAGACCCUCCCCCAGCAUACUCACCCCGGCCUAACUCGGUUGCUUCUUCUGAAGUCUCCCUCAGGACGAUUGAGCCGGAUGCCGCACCUGAGUUUAUCAAUAAAUCUCAACAGGUGGAGGGUUGCUAUAAUUCAAAUGGGGUGGAGUUCAGCGUCGGUUUAGGGCGUGGGUUUCGCACCUCAGCUUUCAUUCAAGCGUUCAUGAGGCCAAAGACGCAACCGCGGUUGGUCAGCGUCGGCUUGAAUACACAGACAGUUAAGACCGACGCCAAUUCUUCGGGACAAAGCGCCAGUGGAUGUAAGCAGCUUGCUCGAGACUCUCACCGUGUUCGGAUUGUAGCGCAUGCAUCGUGCGAAUCUGCAGUGAAGGGCCAAGGCAUCGAUUUCUUCGCCAUCGGCCAUGAUUUGAUCAACCCCCUGGCAAGUGCCUGCACUCAGCUGCCGCGGCCACGGAUGUCCAGUCAGCUAAUUAAGGGAUGGAAGGCAUUGACCAAAGGACAGCAAGUCUACUCUCUUAUGCGAUUGUCGAAGAGUCCAUCUGGAACAAGGCGUGCGUACAGCAUCAGCGAACCCAUCAACUAUUUCCGGCAGCAUGUCCUAGGUCUUCGGAGCAUUUCUCCUACCAGUGGAGGUCGGCUCGUGUUUGACCACGAAAUUCCUCACAACUACUUCUGCUCAGAAUUGCUCUUGGCAAGGCCAAGUGACUGGCCUAGUAUCCAUGGUACAAAUUUCCUCGUGGUCACGCUAUUGGGGUCGGCAAUGGCUGACGGUAAUGUAGAAAUCUCGGGCUUUGUUCUUGAGAACGAUACAAGUCCUUAUAGCCCACCAGAAAGUCUCGCAAAUUUCGUUGUGUCUGACCCACCUGUUAUAUAUUUUAUGUUGCAUGAGGACAAUCUAGCGACGACGGGCCGCUUGACACGAGCCAUCGAGGGCGUUGUGGGAGACUAUGGGUUCCGUGUCCUUCUCUCGGAGUGUUCUUGGAGUAUGCGCGGCAGUGCCAAACACGACAAUGUUUUGCUGGCGGACUCUAUUCCUCAUCACUGGCUUCUCCCUCAAGUCGCAGUGAUUGUCCAUGAUGGAAAUUCAGAAACGACUGCACUGGCUUUGCAGUACGGGAAGCCAAGCGUGGUGAUCCCUCAUUCAAAGGACCAGCUAUCGCGCGGCAUAGCAAUGUCAAAAUUAGGAGCCGCGGCGGCUCCAAUCACAAACGACCUGCUCACUCCAGAGGCACUCGCUCAAGGACUGGCGUUUUGCCUUCGACCAGAUAUCCAAGCGUCUACUCGUUCAGUGCACCAGCAGAUCAAAGAGGAAAAGGGCCUCGAGAGCGCCGUUGAGGCCUUUUACCGCGGCGUCCGACCAAGUAUGCAGAGUUGUAGCAUCUCCGGGCAGGAUCUGGCCAUCUACCAUGUCUGGAACCGGCCAUCGUUGAGGAUCUCAGCCGAAGCGGCUGCUAUUCUUAUAGAAGAGCGGCUGAUAAAACAAACCGAUGUCGUAUUCAUUCAAGCUGAAAAGUCGAAUCCAGAUGCUAUUGAGAGUACUGCAAUGCGCCAAUGGGAAGGUUUUACAAGCGCUGCGAAGAGCAUUGCCACUGCCUCCGACCUGGUCAGCAUGCUUCCUGGCUUGCAGCGAAAGCCCUCACAGGAGAGAUCUCCGGUCGAGGAUACUACGGACUGGACGAAUGCAAAGCGCAAUGUAGCCAAGGACGUCGGCAUCGGAACGGCAAGGUUCUUCGGACAUAUUGCAUUACUGCCAUUCACAAGCACUGCAUUGGUAGUUAACACUGUUGCGUACGGAGUGAAGAGCGUCAAGGGAGAUAGGGAAUCUCGCAGAGAGGUAACCAGGCCGGAUACUGCAAUGACAUAUGACUCCGGUGCUUCCCCCGAGUACCGGCCAUCGCACGUAACGCGUGGGUUAAAGAUGCAGGAGACUGGUGUUAUAAAUCCAGCCACCGGUCAGAGAGUACAGUGGAACGGUCAUUCAAGAAGCCCGUGCAUGUCACAAAGCGCCGCGGAAGGAAAUCCAGGCCUUGAUGAGUUGCCUCUACCGUCCCAGCCCCUAUACACAGGCCAUUUGCCGCCGACUCCUUGA